UGUACGGACCUCUCGCACCGCUCUGCUUCGCCGUAUAACCACCGGUCUCCUCAUCGAUUCCUUCUCUCUCUCUCUCUCUCUCCAAUCUUUUCGAGCCCUCUCGAUAUGGUGUCGCCGUAAUCCUCUCCGCCGCUGCCGCCGCGUAACAAGGCGCACGAGUGCACUUUUUUAUUGAUCAAUAAAAUGCACGGGCCUAGUGCAUGUGGCUCCCACCAAAGUUAAGUUUGAUGAGGCUCAAUUUAUGUAGUCUUAUCCCUACCAAUAGAAAGGUACUUCAUCAACCUGAUUUCUGCAGUUUUGGGUAUGAUAAUACAUAGAAGAUCAUGGCAAACAUGCAGAGAGAGAACACCAUGAACAUACUUCAACGAAAUCAUUCAGGCAGGGUUCGACAUCGUAGGCAUUCAACAGAGGCUACUCCUGAUAUCAAUGGUCCUGGUGGUGCUAAUUUACUUGUCAAUGAUCAAAACAAGUAUAAAUCAAUGUUUGUUCGGGCACGUUCGUCUUUGUGGAUGCUGCUUGGAUUUUCGUUGGUUGUCUAUAUGGGACAUCUUUAUAUUUGUGGUUUAAUUGUGGGAAUCCAAAUUUUCAUGGCACGGGAAUUGUUCAACUUACGGAAACAAGCUAAUGAAGAUAGACAACUGCCGGGGUUCAGACUUUUGAAUUGGUAUUUUUUCUUCACUGCAAUGUUGUUUGCUUAUGGACGUUUUGUUAGCCAACAGCUUGUGAACACAGUAGCUUCAGAUAAACCGUUAUAUCAGGUCGUCAAUGGGCUUAUCAAAUAUCAGAUGUUUAUAUGCUAUUUCCUAUAUAUAGCAGGUUUUAUGUGGUUCAUUCUUACAUUAAAGAAGAGGAGAUACAAGUAUCAAUUUGGCCAAUAUGCAUGGACUCACAUGAUACUUCUUCUAGUGUUUGCACAAUCCUCCUUCACAGUUGCAAAUAUUUUUGAAGGAAUUUUCUGGUUUCUGUUGCCUGCUUCUCUUAUUGUUGUCAAUGAUGUUGCUGCAUACUUCUUUGGUUUCUUUUUUGGGAGAACACCAUUGAUCAAACUGUCUCCAAAGAAAACAUGGGAAGGUUUCAUUGGUGCAUCUUUUGCAACUAUACUUUCUGCAUUUAUGUUAGCAAAUAUCUUGGGGAGUUUCCAGUGGCUAACAUGUCCAAGAAAGGAUCUGUCUACUGGAUGGCUUCACUGUGAUCCCGGUCCACUGUUCAAGCCAAAAAGUUACCCUUUACCUGGAUGGUUCUCAUGGAAAGAAUUUUCAGUUAUGCCUGUUCAGUGGCAUGCUUUAGCGCUUGGACUAUUUGCAUCAAUCAUAGCACCUUUUGGGGGUUUUUUCGCAAGUGGUCUGAAACGAGCUUUCAAGAUUAAGGAUUUUGGUGACACAAUUCCUGGACAUGGUGGGUUUACUGAUAGAAUGGAUUGCCAGAUGAUGAUGGCUGUGUUUGCAUACAUCUACCAUCAAUCGUUUGUGGUGUCUCAGGGUUUUCCAGUGGAGAUGAUUCUUGACCAGAUAUUAAACCGCCUGACUGAUGAAGAGCAGCAUGAUCUACACUUUCUGCUAGGGAGGAUUCUCCAUGAGAGGCAAUUAGAACAACAGUGAAAUCAGGCAUAAUCGCGGUUUGUCUGGUCGAGAGUCUGUACUUACCGGUUCGCUUUCAAAACAUGGAAUUGAGAUAUGGCCUGUUCUUUUCUAAACCAUAAAUAUGUGGAAUGGAGGGGCUUUUUCUGUUUUAUUUUGAGUUUCUGUUUUGUUAUAUUUCGUUGUUUCAAUAUUGGUCCCUUUGUAGUUGUCCUAUGAUGGAUGGAUGGUGUGGGAAAAUCUCGGAGAGCUUUUCCAGUAAAUGAUGACUUCCUUUGUAGUUGUCUUGUAUGGUUUUUCUUCCUCUUAAUCGUAUUGGAAGUUCUAAUC